AUGUCCACAUUUGAUAAGCACUCGUACUUUAUGGAUGGCGAUGGACCAGAAAAUGAUUUAGCGGAUAUAAUAUCAUCUAAAAGCUAUUUGCCUAAAGAUCAGGAGUUGCCGAAAACCUCCGUAAUAAAAAGUGAAGGCGAUGACGCAACUUAUUUACUAUCAAAAUUAUCUGAUGAAGAAUUAUUAAAGUUAUUGAAUGACCAACCCUCAAAGAACGUAUACGAUUUAAGGGACAUUGCGAAAAUUGCUUCUGGCUUUGAGAUCAAUAAAGAGAAUCAUAAUUUUCAAGGGGAAAGUGCAGCAUUUGAAGUACUCGAUAAAGACGUGUUUAAUCAGUUUCCAGCAAAAUCAGAUAUCAAACAACUGAGCGUGAAACCCAAGAAUGAAAAUAAGCAAAUGCCGGUUUUUAGAUUAGAUAACAAAGGAAUAAGCUUAGAUUCUAAUAACGAUGCACAAUAUUUAGCCUUAAAGAAGUUAAACAGUCUUUUAAACUACCAUUCGCAGUCAAACCAAGAAGACCUCGAUGAUGAUAAGAAAGAAUUGCUUUUCAAUGUUCUUGUUAAUCAAUUAAAAACUCUUUGUUGUAAAAAGUCCGGUAAACACGAGAGCUCGAAGCUACAGAAGAACUUCAGCCCCUCAUUAAAAAUAAAAGAGAAAACAGCAAACGAAUAUAUGUUUCUUAUAUUAAAUGAUGAAAUAAAAAGCAACGGAAGUGACGAACUUAUACUGGUGGAUCCUGAAACUUUACAACAGAAUAGUAGUGUUUUGUUAUUAGGUCCCAUAACAACGCCUUUGACGGAUCGUCAACUUAAAUUGAUUAUGAACCGCAUCGCAAUUGAACUUUCAAAACCAGAAUACUUGAAUCUACUACGACAACUUUCUGAUGGCACAUUGGAUGAUAGUAAUUUGCGAAUAUUGAAAAAUUUCAUUCAUGGCACUGAAACUCGUCGAUAUAUCAAACCACACCGAUGUAACCACCAAUCGAAGUUAGCCCGAGUUUAUGGCGGUCCCAAGUGGUUAAUUUGUACGGGCUAUAUUAAUUUAAAUACACCUAGCUUAUACGACUAA